AGAGACAGACUACACCCCUGUGCCGAAAGAAACUGUGCAACGCCUAAAACGUAAGCAACUUGCGCAUGCGCAACUCGUGCUGUCACUUGAGGGAGUGGAGCUGAAAUCGCUGUCGGAAAUAUUUUCUUUAGAGACUAAGACGUUAUAUUGUUACUUCAAUGGCGACACAGUGUGUAACCAAAGUGGAGCUCACAGUCUCCUGUAAAAACCUUUUGGACAUGGAUGUGGGUUCAAAGUCUGACCCCCUCUGUGUCCUGCAAAUAAAUUCAUCUGGAACACAAUGGUAUGAGGUUGGCCGGACAGAAAGAGUAAAAAAUUGUCUGAAUCCCAACUUUGCCAAGAAGUUUCUCAUCGAUUAUCACUUCGAAAUGGUACAGAAACUUAAAUUUGGCGUUUAUGAUAUCGACAACAAAACUGUCGAUCUAAGUGAUGAUGACUUCCUUGGAGAGUUGGAGUGUUCCCUGGGUCAGAUUGUGUCCAGUAGAGAGUUGACCAGACCACUGAUCUUGAAGAACAAAAGACCUGCAGGAAAAGGAACCAUUACGAUCUGUGCAGAGGAAAUUAAGGAUAAUAGGGUGGUGAAUUUUGAAGUUGAGGCCAGAAAAUUGGAUAACAAGGACUUCUUUGGAAAAUCAGACCCCUACUUGGAAUUCUACAGACAAACAGAAUCAGGAUGGCAGCUUGCCCACAGAACAGAGGUGGUGAAGAACAACCUUAACCCCUGUUGGAAACCUUUUAAAAUCCCUCUGCAAUCUCUCUGUGGAGGAGAUAUGGAGAAACCCAUCAAGGUGGACUGUUACGACUAUGACAAUGAUGGGUCACAUGACCUUAUUGGGAUUUUUGAGACGAAUAUGAAACGCCUGCAGGAGGCCAAACGCACUUCUCCGGCAGAGUUUGACUGUAUGAACAUGAAGAAAAAGCUGAAGAAAAAAAACUAUAAGAACUCUGGUGUUGUGAGUGUGAAACACUGCGAGAUUGUGAAGGAGUACACAUUUUUGGAUUACAUCAUGGGUGGCUGCCAGAUUAAUUUCACUGUUGGAGUGGACUUCACUGGGUCAAAUGGUGACCCAAAGUCUCCUGACUCUUUGCAUUACAUCAGUCCUAAUGGGGUCAAUGAGUACCUUUCUGCUAUCUGGUCUGUUGGCCUGGUGAUUCAGGAUUAUGACAGUGACAAAAUGUUCCCAGCUUUUGGGUUUGGGGCACAGAUUCCCCCAAACUGGCAGGUGUCUCAUGAGUUUCCACUUAACUUUAAUACAUCUAAUCCAUUCUGUGCUGGAGUACAAGGCAUGGUGGAUGCUUAUAGGACGUGCCUGCCCCAGGUCAAACUUUACGGGCCAACAAAUUUUGCUCCCAUCAUCAGACAUGUAAGCAAUUUUGCCCAGCAGGCACGAAAACAGAACACAGCCAGUCAAUACUUUGUUCUGCUCAUCAUUACGGAUGGUGUCAUCACAGACAUGGACCAAACUCGAGCUGCCAUCGUAGCUGCUUCCCAUUUACCCAUGUCCAUCAUAAUUGUGGGUGUGGGCGGGGCUGACUUCACUGACAUGGAGAUUCUGGAUGGGGAUGAUGGCCGUCUGAAAUCUCCAUCAGGAGAGCCAGCUGCACGGGACAUUGUGCAGUUUGUGCCUUACAGAAAGUUCCAGAAUGCUCCUAAAGAGGCAUUGUCACAGAGUGUUUUGGCAGAGGUUCCUGGGCAGGUUGUCAAUUACUUCAAUAUGUUGAAGUUCAGCCCUCUGAAUUCAAGUACUCCUGUAGCUGAUUCUGCUGGGCAAACAACUCCAAAUGCCUAAAGCUGCAAAAAGAGACCUCGUCAACUCCAGCCCAUGUUUCAUGCCCUUACAGCAUGCUGGUCUGUUGCUAACUAAGUCAGCUUUAAGGAAGGCUGUUCUACAAAUAGGUCUACAAAGUCUGUGCCAACUUGCCACAUAUCUACUGGUAAUACAUUUAUAUUAAUCUGAUAGUUUACAUUUACUCAUGUAUCGCAAGGAAAUGCAGCAUUUAACCUCCCUGCUCAAGGCCAAUGAAUGUUAGUUGCGUGUUGCAAACAGUUUUAUUUAAAUAGCAUGGGCUGCAUAAUAUAUCACGACCACAACUCCAAAAUGAUUCCGAAAGACUUCAAAAUUCUGAAAUAUUUGAUUCAGGAAAAAAAUUUAAUCUGUGGAAACUUUUGUUACUGGUGUAGAAACCAGAUUGUUUUCUAUGUUUUGACAGCAAUCAAAUAAGCUUGUGCUCGGAGUUGCCCUUUAACAAUUCAAACACAGAGACAAUAUAGUAAUGUUUCACCAAGGUUAUGGUCACAUUACAGAAUUGAAGUGUCCCGAUUACUGUUUUGCCUAAAUCUGACAGGGAUGUGUGAACCCAGAACGCAGAUCUUUUUAAUAUCUCAUUUGUUCACACUUUAAUUUUUUUUUUACUUUUUAACCUAUUUAUGUCCAUACCUGCAAAUAGAAACUUGAACUAUCAAGGCAAAAAGAUAAAAUUUCAGCAAAUCUUAUUUUUUUUAUUUUUUUUAUUUUAUCUAUCCAUUUCAGGUUAGAUGGAAUCCUGUUUGGUGCCUUAUAUACCAGGUUUUCAGCAAUGCUAUAACACGUUUUAUUCAAACCAGAUAUAUUUUUAUAUAUUAUGUAAAUUACUUUAAUAUUUUGAAUAUUUGAAUUUAUCAUUUUUGUCACAGUUUACAGUUUAGGUCCUUUAAUGAAAAUGAUUUAAUCGUUAAUGUUGCUUGUCAACAGUUAUUCUAAUGAAGUGCCAUGUUUAUUGAUCUUGUUUAUAGCAUGGAUAUAGCGUGGCACAGUGGGUAUCAGUGCUAUCUCAUGGCACAGGUUCCCACUUCACAACAGCAUUCUUGGUUUAAUUCCAAGCUUAGUGUCCUAUCUAUGUGGAGUUCUCUGUGUGUUUGUGGGACCAGCUUUCUUUCAGCCACUAUAGAUAUGCCACUAGGUCAGCCAGCUCUAGUAAUUUCCUAUAUUUUAUUCAGAGUGUGAAUGAAUGUUUAAAUGAUGUCCUGUGAUUGACAGGUAGCGUGUUUUUCUAGAGCAAGCUCUAGAUCCACUGUAGCCCUGACUGGAGUUUAAGUGAUUACUGAAAAUGAAUGAAUGAGUGUAUUAGUAUAGUAUAAAUAGGGAUUAUUUUGUGAUAAUUGUUUAAGCUUGUGACUUUUGUGUCUUUGUUAUAACAAAGUGUCCAGGCAGGUGUUUGAAAGCUGUAACAACGCAACUUCUUGAAUUCAGCAACAAACAAAUGCUGUAAAAGAAUUGUGUCUUCUGUACAUGAGAGAGCAAUUUUCAAUCUUAUCUUUGUUAUUUUUUAAGUCAGCUUCCGUCUAAAAUAAAAAAAAAUAUAUACCUAUGGAUCCAGAAUUUUGCCCCCCCCUGCAAAUUGCAUUUAAAACUAAGUGUGAGAUUGGAGUGGGGGUGUGUCUUACUGUGGUGGAACAGUUUUCAGUUCAGUGUCAAGGAAUAAAUGCCAUAUUUGAUUUACAAUAUUAUGUGGUUAUUGUAAAAGCAGUACAUACUUACAUAAUAUAAUAACCUUGUAUAAGUAUUGUGCCGACCACAGUAUAAAAUUAGCACAUUGUUUCUCUCAAUUUUUGUUUACUCCUAGGUGCAGCUACAGUAGGUUGAUUUAUGCUUUAAUCAUUCUGUCCCAAAUUCCAUUAAAAUGGGAAAGUGACAACUAUGUUAAUAUAUUCACCUUGUACUUAUCGUGACCUGUAUUCUUCAAACAAACAUGUGAUGUGCUUGGAAAUAACUGUAUUAAUAGAUCCACCUAUAAGCAUGUAUUGUAAUCUCUACAUAAAUUUGUAAAUCAGU